AUGGAGUUUCUUGAAAGAACUUACCUUGUGAAUGACAAAGCCACCAAGAUGUACGCCUUCACACUAGACAGCGUGGAACUCCAGCAGAAACCCUUGAAUAAAGAUCAGUGUCGUGGAGAAAAGCCAGAGGAGCUGGAGGCAGGAGCCAUCCAUCACUGCCACCACAACCGCAAGGCCACAGAGGACAGGGCGCAGGAGCAAACCUGUGCCGAGUGGAGGCUCCGCGCUGCUUCAGGAUGCCUCGCUCUCUACACUGUGUCAAGUGGGCACUUUGCUGGGAGUCUUGCUGUCAUCACGGAUGCUGCCCAUCUCUUAAUUGACCUGACCAGUUUCCUGCUCAGUCUCUUCUCCUUGUGGUUGUCAUCAAAGCCCCCCUCCAAGCAGCUAACCUUUGGAUGGCGCCGAGCAGGUAUAGUUCAUCAACUGAGCAUCGAGGCAGAAGAUCCUUGGGCCCUGCUAUCCAUCCUGUGCAUCUGGGUGGUGACAGGUGUGCUGGUGCACCUGGCAUGUGAACGCCUGCUGUACCCCAAUUACCAGAUCCAGGCGACUCUGAUGAUCAUCGUUUCGAGCUGUGCAGUGGCAGCCAACAUUAUACUAAGUGUGAUUUUACGCCAGAAAUGCCCUGCCCACAAUCACAAAGAAGUGCAAGCCAAUGCCAGUGUCAGAGCUGCUUUUGUACAUACCCUUGGAGAUCUAUUUCAGAGCAUUGGUGUGUUAACCAGCACGCUUAUUAUCUACUUUAAGCCAGAGUAUAAGAUGGCAGACCCGAUCUGCACAUUGAUCUUCUCUGGCCUGGUUUUGGCCAGCACCGUCACUCUCUUAAAGGACUUCUCCAUCUUACUCAUGGAAGGUGUGCCAAAGCACCUGAGCUACAAUGGCGUGAAAGAGCUCACCUUAGCAGUGGAUGGGGUGGUGUCUGCGCACAGUUUGCAUGUCUGGUCGCUAACAAUGAACCAAGUGAUUCUCUCUGUUCACGUUGCUGCAGGCCAUGCACUGCCCGGGCCCUACCCCAGCAGCAGAGACAAAGUACUUGAAGCCGGAGAUGAGCCGUCGCCUGUGUGUGUGCAAUCAGUGCCAAUCUCUCUCAGUUCUUUAUCAACAGCAGCCAGCCGGGAGAGCCAGGUGGUUCGGAGAGAAAUUGAGAAAGUCCUCAGCAGUCGCUUUCCUGUGCACUCACUCACCAUUCAGAUGGAGCUGCCAGCCGACCAGGAUCCCGCCUGCCUUUUAUGCGAAGACCCUCAGGGCUAG